GGAAGGCCUGCGGCCUCCGCCGCCAUUUCGGGCGCUGCUGUGAAGCUGAGACCCGAGCCGGUCCGCUGGGCGGCGGGCGCCGGGGCUGGAGGGGCGCGCGCGGCGGCGGCGGCCCAGCGUGUAGGCGCGGAGGCGGCCAUGGCGGGCAACUUCGACUCGGAGGAGCGGAGUAGCUGGUACUGGGGGCGGCUGAGUCGGCAGGAGGCGGUGGCGCUGUUGCAGGGCCAGCGGCACGGGGUGUUCCUGGUGCGGGACUCGAGCACCAGCCCCGGGGACUAUGUGCUCAGCGUCUCCGAGAACUCGCGCGUCUCCCACUACAUCAUCAACAGCAGCGGCCCGCGCCCGCCAGUGCCACCGUCGCCCGCCCAGCCUCCGCCCGGGGUGAGCCCCUCCAGACUUCGAAUAGGAGAUCAAGAAUUUGAUUCAUUGCCUGCUUUACUGGAAUUCUACAAAAUACACUAUUUGGACACUACAACAUUGAUAGAACCAGUUUCCAGAUCCAGGCAGGGUAGUGGAGUGAUUCUCAGGCAGGAGGAGGCAGAGUAUGUACGAGCCCUCUUUGACUUUAAUGGGAAUGAUGAAGAAGAUCUUCCCUUUAAGAAAGGAGACAUCCUGAGAAUCCGGGAUAAGCCUGAAGAGCAGUGGUGGAAUGCGGAGGACAGCGAAGGCAAGAGGGGGAUGAUCCCAGUCCCUUACGUCGAGAAGUAUAGACCUGCCUCCGCCUCAGUAUCGGCUCUGAUUGGAGGUAACCAGGAGGGUUCCCACCCACAGCCACUGGGUGGGCCGGAGCCCGGGCCCUAUGCCCAACCCAGCGUCAACACUCCGCUCCCUAACCUCCAGAAUGGGCCCAUUUAUGCCAGGGUAAUCCAGAAGCGAGUCCCUAAUGCCUACGACAAGACAGCCUUGGCUUUGGAGGUCGGUGAGCUGGUAAAGGUUACGAAGAUUAAUGUGAGUGGUCAGUGGGAAGGGGAGUGUAAUGGCAAACGAGGUCACUUCCCAUUCACACAUGUCCGUCUGCUGGAUCAACAGAAUCCCGAUGAGGACUUCAGCUGAGUAUAGCUCAACAAACAGUUUUGCUCACAGAUGGGAACAAUCUUUUUUUUUUUUUUUUUUUCCCAAUUGCCAUCUAUACAAUUUUCUUACAGAUGUCAAAGCAGUCUAGUUUAUAUAAGCAUUCUGUUACCUGUGAUCUCUUUUAGACUGAACUACUCCAUCCCUAGUCUUAUUUACCAUAUUCAGGGUACGAAACUGGAGGGCUAGUGUGUUAACUUUUGAAUUGGCAAUUUUAGAUGGUAGCAGCGUUACCUGAGUGUAUCUGAAGGGGUAGGUAUCUUGCCUUCUUUCUCUCAGGCAAUACAAAUCAACCUGUGGAAAACUGAUGGACAGGAGAGAAGUGUUGCACACUGCUUACCCUGAUAUAUUCAAUGGUUUUAUUUUCAUUCUGAAAUCAUGCUAUCAAAUGGCAAUAGACUGUUCCCUUCCACCCCCAUGAAGUAAUCAUGCACCGUGUGAUAGUACCCAGUGGGAUUGCGUUUUCAUUUAUAUAACAUGACCAUUGUAUGACUCAUUCUGACAGUUCAAAUCCUGAGAAUUCUGAGGACACUACAAGAGGCAUUUGUCUUCCUUCCCAGUCAGUGCUUCAUACUUUUUCUUGGGAUUCUUUCAAGCCUUGUAAUUCUUUUUCCCCAAACCUACAAAUAGGUUGUUUCUCAAGAUAAGUGUUAUUUUCAUUCCAGAUGAAAAGCAGGAUGUGCAGAGCACUUUAUUCAGUGCAUAGCUUUAAGCCAGUAUUGGAUUCACUGCAUGGACAGCCAAACUCCCAGCUCUCUGCCAUCCCUCAAGGGGUCAUAGUAGGUUCACAUUGCUACCACAGCUAAAUAGACUCCUGGCUGAUGGGAUCCAGCAGGGCCAUUCUCCUGAGUGCCAGUAUCCUAUCAGGGGACUCCGGAAUUCGUCACUUGUGUGUAGAGUGGAAGGACCAAUCACUUAGAAUAUUCCAUAGACGGUUGGGGGGCCAAAUUCUACCCUUCGCUUUAUGUACAACUUGUAUAAAAGUCAAGUUAAAAUUACAUGAGUUUGGGGAUAGGGUUAGUGGUUUGAAAAAUGUUUGAACCAAUCAUGAAUUACUUAUGUAUUAUUAAUUUCAUAUGGCCAGAAUAGUGCUUGAAGUACAUUACAUUUUAAACUGCCUUCAUUUGGGGCUCUUUUUCUUUGUGUUCAAGUUUAGUUUACAAACCCUUUUAAGUAUGGAAUGGUUUAUAUGGGGUCAGGUGCUCCAAAGAAUUGACUUUUAAGACCAGAAAUGAUCUAGGCUAUUUAGACUACAGUAUGAAACUUUCAAAGUUAGUUCACAGUCUAGAGGCACUUACUGGUCUGUGGUGUGAUAUGACCAAUAGAAACACCUUGUUUUUUGCUUUGGGCCUCAUUUUAGAAAAGUAAUGUAGCUUUCCAAUUGUUUUGCAUAGGUUAAGAUUAAUUUGCGUUCAUUGAACAUAUGCCAAAUCAUGGUAUCCCAGUGACUAGCACAAUGCCUGGCACAGUUGGUGUACAGAUACUUGUGUGAGUGAAUGAGGGUUGCGCAGAAGCUCAUUAUAUGGCACAGGGCAGCCAGCUGGCACAGGACUACAUACAUGACCACAAGCAGACUAAUGAGUUGACGCUAAUUUAAUAUAUUUUUACCUCACACUAAGGUAAUGCUUGAUAAGGACCUUAAUACUCAACUUUUAAAAUGUUAGCACAGUGCUAUGCACACAGUGGGUGCUCAGUAAUGUUGAAUGGACAGAUUUGCAAUACUAGACUUAAUUCCAUCUGACUACUCUGUUAAAUUUUCAGUUAGAGCAUAGACACUGUAAAAUCCAAAUACACAUUAAAUCUUGGUUUCCUAAAAGUAUGACAUUUAAAAUAUUUGUAGAAAAGCUUUGUCACAACUGAUUUGAAUGUUUGUAUUUUCUUUUGCUUCAAUUUUGAUAUUGGCUUGUAAUGUCUCUUUUCAUCAUAUGUAAUAUUGGUGGAACAUGCAACUCUACCCAAAUCAUAAGAAUUUCUCAAUGAUCGGUUGUCCAAAGCCAUUACAUGAACUGUUGGAUUAGAUUUGGCUGGGUGUGGCGGUUGUUGGACCUUAAGAAAUCAAAGGACUUGUUAAAAGUAUCUUCCAAAAGCAAAUGCUAGAAUCCUAUUUAAGUGCAUAUGUACAUUAUCAUAGAGCAAAAUAAACUGAAAUUGGCUGCUAUAUUUUAUAUAAUAAUUUCUGCAAAAGCCCAUUUUUUGGAUACUAAUAUUUGACAUGAUUAAUUCUUAUUAAUUUGUUGGAAUUGUUUAUUGUUAAUAAUGCAAAUAGAUAAUUUUUAAUUAUCCUUAAGUAACAUUUCACUGUUAAUGGUUUGAAAUGGAUGAUAAGCAAACCAAUUUGAAAUAAAAUAUGAACAUGUGCCAUUGUAUUAUAACACUAUACACUUUCUUGACAGUUAAAUUUUUUUAAAAAUGUUUUUUUUUUGUAGCAUGUAUUGUAUAUGUUUAUAGUAUAUGUAGUAAAUAAAAAUAUGGCCAAAUGUUUGGCUUGGUGAUCUUUUGAA